CUUUUUUGUGUUUGUGUUGCAGGCGGACGCUAAGAUGGUGUGUGACGUCGUCAGUCGUAUGGAAGACACAGAGCCGUACUCUGCUGAGCUGCUGGGCGCCAUGAUGCGCCUGUGGGCCGACUCGGGCAUCCAGGAGUGCUUCAGCCGCGCCCGGGAGUACCAGCUCAACGACUCGGCGCAGUAUUACCUCGACAGCCUAGAUCGGAUCGGUGCGGUCGACUACCAGCCCACAGAGCAGGACAUCCUCCGGACCCGAGUGAAGACCACAGGCAUCGUCGAGACGCACUUCACCUUCAAAAACCUUCACUUCAGGCUGUUUGAUGUGGGAGGUCAGAGGUCGGAGAGGAAGAAAUGGAUCCACUGUUUUGAAGAUGUGACUGCCAUCAUUUUCUGCGUGGCUCUGAGCGGAUACGACCAGGUUCUGCAUGAGGACGAAACCACGAAUCGCAUGCACGAGUCUUUGAUGCUGUUUGACUCCAUCUGCAACAACAAGUUCUUCAUCGACACCUCCAUCAUCCUCUUCCUCAACAAGAAGGAUCUGUUUGCAGAGAAGAUUAAGAAGUCUCCACUCAGCAUCUGUUUCCCAGAGUACACAGGACCCAACACCUACGAAGACGCGGCAGCUUACAUCCAAGCACAGUUCGAGAGCAAGAACCGCUCUCCAAAUAAGGAAAUCUACUGUCACAUGACCUGCGCCACGGAUACGGGGAACAUCCAGGUCGUGUUUGAUGCUGUGACCGAUAUCAUCAUCGCCAACAACCUUCGAGGGUGUGGCUUGUACUGAGCGCGCCCACACACACCCUGGACCCCCUCCUCCCCCCACCACCACCCCCACACUUUUCUCCCAUCCUUCCUGUCCUCUUCCUCUUUCUCCUCCUCCUCUGUCUUGUUCCUUUGGCACUGCUGUGGAAAUGAUGAUGGCGAUGAUGAUAAUGAUGAUGAUGAUUCUCUAAAGAAAAACAACAAAAAAAAUCCAACUAGGUACAUAUUAAUAAUGAGGAUGAUUUAAAAAAAAUAGGCAUACAUGCAUAUAAAUAUAAAUAUAUAUAUAAAUCUAUCUAAUGUUCUUAGUUCUUGUGUCCUCUCUGCUCUGAUUCCCCCUGAUGUUUUUUUGGGUCUGUUGCCAAGCAAACAAAAUUAGUUUUAGUAGAAAAAACCCCAAACCUGCAGCCUUGAAACAUCUUGAACAAAGUUGAGGAAAGCCUCUGUUGCCGCUCCGUCACGUGGUCGACUGUGUGAUUUUUUUUUUUUGUUAACAAAACUGAAGCCUGUACUUUUUUUUCUUGCAUACUUUUUUAUGUAUUGUUACUUUGAAAAUGAUGAUGCUGUUUUAUUUCUUUGAUGAUCGUGUGUAUAUUUAUUGCGUCUGUACACUGAUUAUUCUCACCUCUCACCUGUACUUCCUGUUUAAUCCUGGUCGUUUUGGGCUGUUUUGCGGAUUAUUAAUACUUUUUUUAUUUGCAGAAAUAUGUGUAUAUGUGAGCAGCACUAAAAUGCACCUGACAAGUUGGAUAAGAACGU